AUGAAUGACAAUCGUCGACUCUUCGAAUACACCUCUGGUCGAUGGAUAUACAACGAGAACCUCCGUCUUGCUGAGCGCCACAGAGAGUUCAAUGUCGAUGCAUUGAAAAGCACCGCUGCUCAGUCGCUGGAAAGAUGCGAUACAGAUAUCAAGAGUCUGUCGAAGCUGGCGGAAGGAGGCUUCAAUCGUGUCCUCCAGAUCACCAUGCUUGAUAAUACUCAGGUCCUUGUCCGAUUGCCAUAUCCCUCAACUGAACCCAAGAAAAUGGCAGUCGCUAGUGAGGUGGCAACCUUGGCCCUCCUUCGGGCUCAUGGUCUUCCUGUGCCCCGUGUGUAUGCAUACUCCACAGAUGCUAAAAAUGCUGUUGGCUCCGAGUAUAUCAUCAUGGAGAAGUUACCAGGAAGACCACUUGGUGAUCGGUGGUUCGCGUUAUCUGAUCGAGAACGUCUGAAGGUGCUUCUGCAGCUUGUACAGCUAGAAGCAAAGCUUCAUGCUAUUGAGCUGCCUGCGAGCGGAAGCAUAUACUAUGCCAGCGACCUGCCAUCGGACUCACCACGCAUUGUCAUCCCCGACUCAGAUUUCUGCAUCAGUCCUGAUGCGGCUCUUAAAUGGUGGUUUGCAGAGCGUGCGUCGCUCCGUAUUGAUCGCGGUCCUUGGGAGGACCCGAUCGAUGUUCUCCGAAAUCCUGCGCUGAAAGAACUGGCCUGGCUGCGUGCAUAUGGCCGGCCGCGCUUCCCAUUUGAGCGCGCAUAUCGUGAAUCCAUGGAUUACCGAUUGUCCGAUCCCAGCGAGCAUAUUGCUUCGCUGGAAUCCUACCUCAAGAUUGCUCCUGCACUGCUCCCGUCAAAUGAAUUGUCACGGCCUCCGAACAACAUUUUUGUCUCGGACGAUCUCGACAUUGUCGGUUUAAUUGACUGGCAACACGCAUCGGUGCUGCCACUCUUUCUCGCCAGCGGGAUCCCGAAAUUCUUUCAGAACUACGACGACCCGGAAUCGCUUCACUUUCGCCCACCGCCGCGUCCAGAUCUAGAAGGCAUGGACGAGGAAGAAAAGGCCGACAUUCUUCAUGAUUUUCAACGUCGCCAUACCCACUUUUUCUACUUGGCCUUCACGCAGCGUUUCAAUGAACCUCACUUUCGGGCCAUGGAACAUGCUACGAACAUGCUUACACGCCGCAUUUUUAACCAUGCCAGCGAGCCCUGGGAGGGGAAUAAUAUCCCGCUUCAGGCUGACCUUGUUCUACUUACUAAAUCCUGGCACGAAUAUUCCACCGACCCGUGUCCGGUCUCAUUCUCUACGACCAGGGCUGAUUCCAUCAUGCACUUACAAGGCCUGCAGGAAGAGGUUGAUCUCCAACUCAAACAGAUUCGCAACGUUAUUGGCAUCGGUGUGGACGGUUGGACCCCUGCAGAAGAUUAUGAAGCUGCCUGUGCCCGUGCUCGUCAGAUGAAAGUCGAUGGCCUUGCAUCACUUGACACAGACCAUGAGCGCGAGAUGACGAAUCGACACUGGCCGUUUGAUGAUCACAACGAGGACGAGUAGCG